AUGUAUGCGAGUACGGUGCAGCGUGAAGUGGACGGCCGCUAUACUGUUUCCCUUCCCAAGUACGAAAGCGUCAUACCAAGGUUGGACGAGUCUAUGGAGAUCGCAUUCCGACGUUUUCAAAGAACCGAACUGUUGAAGGAGGCCAGCACCACCACCAAGGUCCGCGUGGUGUUCGACGCUUCAUGCAAAACGUCUACGGGACUGUCGUUGAACGACGCAUUACUGGUAGGGCCAGUAAUCCAGCAGGACCUUCGAUCCAUCAUCCUGCGCUGCUGUACUAAGCAGAUACUGCUAGUUGUUGACGUGGAAAAAAUGUUCCGUCAGAUAUUCGUUCUCUCUGUGGAUCGACCACUUCAAUCCAUCUUCUGGCGGCGUUCACCAUCAGAGGAGUUAGCGAUUUACGAGCUCAACACCGUCACUUACGGAACGAAACCAGCUCCGUUCCUCGCAACUCGCACACUCAACCAAUUGGAAAUGGAUGAAGGAGUACGAUAUCCGUUAGCAGUCAAGGCGAUUACGGAAGACACAUAUAUGGACGACGUGAUCACGGGUUGUGACAGCGUUGAAGAAGCCAAGGAGCUGCAGAUUCAGUUGGACAAGAUGACGAGCAGCGUUUGA